AUGCUCUACGACCUCAACCUAGCGUGGACGCCCGGCGUGCCCACAACAGAACUGCAGCGGACGUUGCGGUUCGCCAAGAACCUGGGCUACGACGUGGUCGCGCUGAACCACACGGUGACGGGGGCCAUCCCCACAGUGCCGUCGGCCGUCGUCAACCCCAUCCCGCUUCUCAACAACCCCACAUCAACAUCACCACCACCACCACCGCCAUCAACAACAACAAAAACCACCAACCUCAGCACCACCGUCGCCGCCGCCAUCCCGCCGCCCAGCCACAGCGCCGCCGCCGCUGCCCUCCCCACCAUCCUACGCCGCGUCACGCUGGUCGUCACAGACCCGGCGACGACCAACUACCGGCUGCCCGACUUCGCGCGGGCGUACGACGUGCUAGCAGUGCGGCCGGCCAACGAGAAGGCGUUCGCGUGGGCGUGCUUGUCGACGACGGAGGCGCCGGCGCUGAUCAGCCUGGACCUGGCAGCCUUUCUCGGUUGGCACAUCCACCACCGCACGGCCAUGGCGGCGGUGGCGCGGGGGUCGCGCUUCGAGAUCUGCUACGGCCAGGCGCUGGGUGGUGCUGAAGCGCGAGCGCGCGCGAACUUCAUCGGCAACGUGCAGGGCCUGCUGCGCGCGACCAAGGGCCGCGGCAUUGUUAUAAGCAGCGGCGGCCCUGCCGGGAGUACCGGGACGCUCGGCCUGCGCGCCCCCGCCGACGUUGUCAACCUGCUAGCCGUGUGGGGACUCGGCCCGGAGCGCGGCGCCGAGGCGCUCGGGGCCGGCGCCCGGGCCGUCGUCGUCAACGAGGGCAUCAAGCGCCGCGGCUUCCGGGGCAUCGUCGACAUUGUCAAAGACGCCAACAGCGGCGAUAAGGCGGCGAGCAGGAAGAACAAGAAUUCUUUGCUUGGGGGCGGGAAGGCGCAGAACUCGGCCAGCACUACCCCCGUAGGCCGCGGACAGAAGCGCAAGAACGGCAAUGCGACGACACUAGCAACAGCAGCGGCAGAGUCAUCGUCAAGCGCCGGCGGCAGUAAUCCGCCACAGCAGCAGACGCUGAGCAAACGGCAGGCGAAGAAACUCAAGCUCGAAGGCUCCAAGGCGGAGGCCGGCGCGGCGGCGGGGGGGAAGCAGGCGAGAUGA